ACAUAUGAUCCCCCUGUCCCUCCUCCCAAAUCUUCGAAUUCUCCAUCCCACCUUUUCUUUCGAUUAGAACUCCAUCGCUCUUCUUCCCUCUCUCCUCCCUCACAAUAUCCGAUUAACAAAAAAAGAAGUAAUGUUUGCCCCUUCUACCCCCUAAUCCCCUUCUCUCUUUCGCAACGAACUGCAGAUCUACGACCUCGGUUGACGCCUCUUCACAUCUUGUUCCCGCGAAGUAAGAAGUGGGAGAUGAUUCUUGAUAUACGAGAGGAUUGCGUGGGCGGAGGUCGUUAUGCGUGUUAUAAUCCCCAUUAUCUUUUUUUUCUCUUUCUGUCUUUGCAGCAGAGUUCGGUGGGGUUGUGGUUUGGAAUAUUUCUUGGAGAGGGUGUUAAGAAGAGAGUUGAAGUUGUAUGUAUGUGUGUGUGGGAGAAAGAGAGAGAGGAAGAAGUGGUUGGGGACGAUGAGGUUGGGCUGGUGGUGGGCUGUGUUGUGUUGUGUUGUUGCUACGCCUCUUUAUCCAAUAGGAAUAAACUAUCUUUGAGAAAGAGGAGAGAGAAGGGAUGAUCUGUUCCUCAUUUUUAACUUUUUUUUUCCCCGACGCCGUUUUUUUUUAUGGAUUUGUCUAUGUUCUUUUUUUGGUAUGGAGAGUGUGUGAAUGGGACUGGUUAAGUUAGAUAUCGGGAUAACGCGUAUUUUGCUGGCUAUAAGCGGCGCGGGCGCGUAGUAUUCGUUCAAUCGACAUGCGCGGACUUGAUGUUGCUGUAUUCAACCGUACACUAGAACUUGCAUAGUCUUUAACCAAGAAAUAUGUGAAGUCGAUGGGGUUUUUCGUUCAUACUCACCACGAGGUGCUGGUACUGACAUCGGAUAUACCGACGUCACGUGAUACUUUUUCCUCCAGCCU